UGGGCAGGAGAGGUUGGCAGGGGGGAAGAUGGAGGAGGAGACUGAGGUAGAUAUCCUGUUGGCGAGGAAGAGGCGGGAGGCGAAUGAUCGGUAUUUUCAGAGGGUGAACCAAGGGAUUCUGGAUGUGGUUGCCAAGCUGGAGGACGUCGCUAUUGCUAUGCGGGCGGUUGAGCAGGAGAGUAAGGAACUCUGGGGAGAUGGCAUUGAAAGUGUCCCCGGGAGUGCGAAGCCAUGAUCUACAAGGGCACUGCGACAGGGUUGGUUGUCUUCAGGACGGCGCCAGGCGUUUUUGGCCGUUUUAUGGGAUCAGACGCAGGCAAACAACUUGAAGUCUGCUGGGGGCCUUAGCAUUACCAUGGCGUUCGGGUUGUGAGUUCUCCAAUGUUCAAUGUUACUCCCUUUACAUCUGCCCUCGAUGAAGUCAAGGACCUGUUUUGAGCAAGUGGAUCGAACGCCUUGGGACGACUGCUAAACGAUUUCCAAGCAUGACAUCAAACCGGAGUUUCUUAGAUACAGAUAUUUCGUGGAAGAGCUCAAACG